AUGUCUAAACACACUAUUCUGCCGGUGGCUAUUCUUGCAGUUGAGAUUCCAACGAGCAGGAAUAUAAUGGCAAGCUUUGCUCAUUCAGUUUCUUCUUCAAUUAGCACUAACCCACUUUCUCCUUCCUCUCCAGCACUUAUUCGAAAGGUGAGCAUCACUUCACCAAGCUCUCCAAUGUCAUCAUCUCCUGUACCAUAUCCACUUUCACCAAGCAAAUCAAAUCUUUCUUCAUCUUCCUCUAGUAACUCACUUUCGAAUAUGUCCUCUCCAAAACCUCUUGAUAAAGUUUCCCUUGACAAACCACAACUUCAAGAAGACGAUGGCUCCACAAAUAAUGGAAACGAAAUAGAAGACGAUGAAGAUGAUGCUCUCACUAGCAGUUCCAACUAUAGCAGUGGCAGUUCUUCCACUAAUUCUCUAUCUGAAUCUACAUUACAAGCAUAUCAGCAACAGCAACAAAUGGCAAUCAAUUUGGGAAAGUUGAGAAAUUCAAAUUCGCCUCUCUUAGACGAAUUGAGAGAAAGAUUUUUGGCUUAUUUGGAGAAACACCAAGAUUCUGCCACAAGUCAUGAAAUGAGAGUGAAAAUAAUGUUUUUGGGAAAGUUUUUGAAUCCUUCAACAAUGAAAGUGAAAUCUGCCUUUGAAAGACAUCAAGAAUUGAUUAAUAGAGUCAUUGAAGAGUUUUGUCAUGAUUUGGCAAUUGAAUGUGAUUUAACUGAUACAAAGAAACAAUCUGCAGAAUUGAGUAUUAGCACUUUACAGAAAAAUGGAUUGGACAGUGUUCCAUUCCUUGUCAAGAUUGUGAAACACAUCCAGGUCAGUAAUGAAAAGAAGAGUACUUUGAAGAAACUCUUUGUUCAUGAGAGGUUGGGACAAUUUCUCACAAGACAACAUGAAAAUAUUGAAAAGAAUUUAACACCUCACUUGUUCACUGAUUUGGAAAAUAAGAGUUUGGGAAUGGGAAUUAUUGACGAAUUGCAAGUUAUUUCACAAAUGUUCUUGUAUGAAUUGGAAGAUUGGUUCCUUCUCUUCCAGGAUCAUUCUCACAAGUUUGUUGAAAAGUGGUUGGCUCAAUCCGUUGACAGUUCUUCCAGUAAGAUUCCAAAAAUGGCCAUUGAUAUCAUUCUGAAAAAGAGAGAAUUAUUCAGACAAGCUGAAAAGGAAUUGAAACUUUCAUCAGAAGAUUUGGCAUUGAAAUAUGUUAUUGAUAGAGAUUGGAAAUUUGUCAACUUUUUAACCAAAGAAUUCAUGCCAGAUUGGUACUUGACAUACAAAAAGCAAAGUGGUGAGCUCAUUCAGUGGUGCACCAAAUCUGAUUUCUCUGUGGACAAGUUGGGAGCCAAGACAAUGAAAAUGAUUGGUAAAAUUGAAAUAUCUUUGGAGAAUAGUGUGAAUGCGCUUCACUAUGAUGACCACUUGCAAUUCAUCUUGAAGAAUAUCGUUUAUCAUGAAUAUGGAAAGAUUGACACGUCCAGUUCAAAAUCCAAAUAUGCCCUUGCAAAUAUGUCAUCAGAUUUUGAACCAACUUCAUUCAUGCCAAAGAGAGCUCUCGAAAUGGUUCUCUCCAGUCAAGCCUCAUUCGUGGGUGGAGAAAUGAUGGACUGUAUGUGUCUAAUGAAAUCAUGUGAUAAUGUUUUGGCAGGUGACUUAGCAGAAAGAGAAAGAGUUCGUGUUCCUCUCGUUGGUUCUCGUUUCCUUCAAAAGUUGGACAAUAACAGGACGAGAUACAUUGAACUGAAAAUGUUAAAUAUGGUUGGAAUUCUGAAUACUCAAUUAGUAUGGAAUGUAGCUUGUAAAAAGUUGGCCGUCCUCAAUCAUAAUGGAUUAUUAGCAGCACUGAAAAGGGCUGAAUUGACUGACUAUCAGAUGCCUCCACUCUCUAAAAAUCAAACCAUGAGAACACUCUACGAUAAUUGUAAACAACAGUUAGGAAUUGAUGUUUCGGAAGUUCUCUUCAAAAAGACAAUGUAAAUAAUAAUAAUUAAAAAUCUGAAUAAUUCUGCCUUAAUU